CCGGAAAGGGACAUGCGAGUUCUCCAGUGAGUACACUCUCAUAGCUCUGGAGAAAUGUGUACGACAACAGAACGUCUCCACUGAUGUUGACCGGAUGUAGAAGCCUUUCUUGGACAUUGUUUUCACUCACCUACAGAAGACAUUGUACCAGGAGGAGCUUGACCUCACGGGCUGCUCUCUGCUCCUCAACAGUUCCAUCCAUCCCUCCAUCUCUCCUCUCAUCUCACAGUCACGGCUUCUUUACAAGCCAACAAACGUCGGUCCCCCAACACUCCUCUCUUCAGCUCUCUCCCACCCGCCGCUUCUCUCUUUCUGCUCACUGUUCGGGCCCGAUGGAGCUCAAAGAAGUUCUGGAGGUGUUGGAGCAGCUCGCCCCUCUGUCUCUGGCCGAGUCGUGGGAUAAUGUCGGCCUUCUGGUCGAGCCCAGCAAAUCUCGGCCCGUUAAAACCAUCCUGCUAACCAACGACCUUACGGAUGCCGUCAUGGACGAAGCAGAGGCCAUGAGCUGCGACCUCAUUAUCUCGUAUCACCCUCCGUUGUUUCGGCCAAUCAAGCGUCUGGUUCAGAAAGAUUGGAAGCAGAAGUUGGCCAUCCGGGCUGUGGAGGCCAGGAUAGCGAUCUUCUCCCCUCACACUUCGUGGGAUAGUGUUAAAGGGGGAGUGAACGACUGGCUGGUGGGGGGACUCGGUAGUGGGCAGGUGUCUGUGCUCAGUCAGGCCCUCGGUGGCGCCUCACAAAGUCACAAACUGGAGUUCACAGUCAAAAGCACAGAGGAACUAAACGGUGUUCUGGAGGAACUGAAGGCUUGUGACAGUGAAUCAACACUACAGCAUUCAGUCAGCAGACCAGACAACAAUGAGGUCCAUGUGAGCAUAACCUGCAGCGACUCAGCGCUGACACCGAGUGUCCAGACUCUGUUACGACACAAUGCCCCCAGCCUCUCCCUCAGCAUCCUCAAGUUAGAAAAGCCCCCUCUCCCGGGCCAUGGCCAAGGGCGGCUUAGUGUUUUGGAGCAGCCAGUCACGCUGGCAACAGCCAUCCAAAAAGUGAAGUCCCACUUGGGUUUGAGUCACCUCCGUUUGGCUCUGGGAUCUGGGCAGACGCUCGAGUCCUCUGUGUGUACUGUGGCUGUAUGUGCUGGAUCUGGAGCCUCUGUACUGGACGGAGUCAAGGCAGACCUCUACAUCACGGGCGAGAUGUCCCACCAUGAAGUGCUGGACGCCGUGGCGAAGGGAACCAACGUCCUCCUCAGUGAGCACAGCAACAGUGAGCGUGGGUUUCUGGCUGUGUUCAGGGAGAAGCUGGCUGUGCGUCUUCCGGACAGUGUAACGGUGGCGGUGUCGAAGGCUGACAGGGACCCUCUGGAGGUGGUCUGACCGCCCUGGAGCCACAGCUGCACCAGUUAGUUAGUUAGUUACUAACUGGUGGAUGCAUCUUCACUGUUUUGAUUGGAUAAAAUCCAAAAUACAAAAGCGCCUUACACUUUUUCUAAUGGAGCAGCUGAAAUGGACGUGUACGAUAUGAUUGCACCGGGCUCUUUAUGUAAAGCUAGCAGCCGUAAAAAGAGUAUUUCAAUAUAUCUGUACCUCAUGUAAUUAUGAAAAGUGCUUCCUUUACAUGUUACUCUUGUUAUCAUAAAUAAAAAUGGGUUCUGGUUGAUCAAAAACGGUUUGUAGGUUGGGUGAGACAUCAGCCCACAAAUGCACAAUGAGAGCUGAAUACAAAGCAUGUCACCUGAAUGCAUGCGUCUUCUGCAUGCAGCGGAUUUAUUUACGGACGACACACAGUGUUUUUUUUUUUAAUCCUAGUAAUCUGUGACAUCAAGUGUGCCCUUUGGUGGUGUGGAAAGAGAAUUUCAGCAUCCACAAAUGUUUCCCUAAAAGGAAGAGUGUUUGCAUCUGGCUCACAGAAACAGUAAUCCCAAUCCGAUUAAAAAGGCUUGUUGUUCCAUCGUAAACAUGCAUCGUGCAUCGACCACCCCCUGUCAUGCAGGAAGUGUUCAAACAGCAGGAACGUCUGAGCCAACAACAGAAAUUUAAAUACAAAUGCCUCUUAUGGUAUGUUCCUUUUUCUUUCAGUAACCUGACCUUUAGGCCUCAGUGAGCACACAAAGGUGCAUAUCAAACAACUUCGCAUGUACAUGUCAGAGAGCAGGCCUAUGGUAAUACUUAAUGCACUUCAAACCUGCCCCCACAAGAGCAAACAAACAAGUAACAGUCCCCAUCAUGGGCUGUUACCGAGUCUGGUGGCUGACACACCUGUCGGUUCGUAAAAACAUUAAGAGUCAUCGCACACACCUCGCCGCCCCCAUCAAGGUAAUGACCGCUCUCUCUCUCUCGGUGUGAUUCACACCUCCACUUCCCCUCAGACCUCACUAGCUUUUAUCUCCUCCAACACACAUAUACAUACACGCAGACACAAAUGGAGAAGGACAACACCAACUAGAACAACAUUUAUUCUUCACUCCUGUGAAGUGACUCCAGCUGUCAACUCUUCACUUUGACAGAAAUGUCUCUGAGCAGGUUGAUCUGAGAGCAUUUGAAGAAGAGUUCUCUUCUUCCUUUUCUGAAGUAUUGAUCCUGCUCACAUGAAAUCUCCCACACAGGCAAACAGUUUAUUCUGUUUGACCACUUUAGUUGCAAACGCUCUACUUAUGAUGUAACGGUAAUCCUCCGCUUAAGAGCAUCUAUCAUCCGUUGUCUUGUCCUCCAAAAAGCCUCAGCUUACCGUUUUUGCAUAUUAAAGUCUUUUAUGAAGACUUGU